AUGAAAAACAAUCCAGUACAAUGGACAACUCCUAUUGGACUUCCUGUUGUUCAACCAUACCGCAAAUUAGGAAGACAUCUUAUUAAGACAUCUCUUCAAGUUUUGACACUACAACGAGAAACCGAUAAGGUGAUGGUGAAAAGACAAAGAACAGCCUUUCCUCCUAACUUGGUCCACUCUCUUGAUGGGUCCCACAUGAUGAUGACAGCCAUUGCUUGUAAAGAGGCUGGCUUAAGUUUUGCAGGUCAAGAUCUUGAUUACAUCAACAUAGCUCACAGUCAUCUUCUUCACUCUGAUUGGGCUAAGCUAGAUAAAUUAUUAACCAAAUCUAAUUCAUUACGAGUGAAGCACAUUCUGUUAAAGCUUCAAAACGACUACGUCAUUUCCCUAAAAUUCUUCAAAUGGAUUGAGCUUCACAACCCUAGUUUACUCACCCUCGAAACAAAUUCCAUCAUCCUUGACAUCCUCACCAAGAAUCGUAAAUUUGUGUCAGCUGAAUCCAUUUUAAAGAAGAUCAUCGGUUCUUGUUCUUAUGAUGUAAACCACCAUUCUAAGCUCUUCGAUGCUGUUAUUCACUCUUAUCGAAUGUGCGAUUCCACACCCCGUGUGUUCGAUGCCCUUUUCAAAAUGUAUGCACAGAUGAAGUAG